CCGGGGAGUCGCUUACCGCCCCCAGAACACAUAUCCACACCGACAGACCCGAUCAGACCCGCGGAACAGCGCCAGAUUUCUGGAGACAUGGCCACAGAACAUAUUAAUGGGAAUGGUACUGAAGAACCAAUGGACACGUCUGCUGCAGUCACCCAUUCUGACCACUUCAACACUUUAUUAGAAGCUGGUUUACCACAAAAAGUUGCUGAAAAGCUAGAUGAAAUUUACCUAGCAGGCCUUGUGGAGCACAGUGAACUGGAUGAGAGGGCCCUUGAAGCACUGAAAGAGUUCGAUGAGGAAGGUGCACUGCAAGUUCUUGUCCAGUUCAAAGAGAGCGACCUAUCCCAUGUGCAAAACAAAAGUGCCUUUCUCUGUGGAGUGAUGAAGACCUACAGGCAGAGAGAGAAACAGGGGACCAAAGUUCUAGAUGCCACAAAAGGACCAGAUGAAGCAAAAAUUAAGACUUUGCUUGAGAGAACAGGCUACACCCUUGAUGUCACUACAGGUCAGCGCAAGUACGGCGGCCCUCCACCAGAGUCUGUCUACACAGGUGCUCAGCCCUCGGUCGGGACAGAGAUCUUUGUGGGGAAGAUCCCGAGGGACUUGUUUGAAGAUGAGCUUGUGCCUCUGUUUGAGAAGGCAGGGCCGAUCUGGGACCUGCGUCUGAUGAUGGAUCCUCUGAGUGGCCUGAACAGAGGCUACGCCUUCCUCACGUUCUGCACUAAAGAGGCUGCACAGGAGGCCGUCAAGCUAUGUAACAAUCAUGAAAUUCGCCCGGGCAAACAUAUUGGCGUGUGUAUAUCAGUGGCAAACAACAGACUCUUUGUGGGCUCCAUUCCCAAGAGCAAGACAAAAGAACAGAUUGUUGAAGAGUUUUCCAAAGUCACAGAGGGUCUUACUGAUGUCAUCCUUUACCAUCAGCCGGAUGAUAAGAGAAAGAACAGGGGCUUCUGUUUUCUGGAGUACGAGGACCACAAAACUGCAGCACAGGCUCGACGGAGGCUCAUGAGCGGGAAGGUGAAGGUCUGGGGCAAUGUGGUCACCGUCGAGUGGGCCGACCCUAUUGAGGAUCCUGACCCGGAGGUCAUGGCAAAGGUGAAAGUGUUGUUUGUCAGGAACCUGGCAAACAGCGUCACAGAGGAAAUACUUGAAAAAGCAUUCGGCCAGUUUGGCAAACUGGAGCGAGUGAAGAAACUGAAAGACUACGCCUUCAUUCACUUCGAUGAGAGAGAUGGAGCGGUCAAGGCGCUGGCAGAAAUGAACGGUAAAGAUUUAGAGGGGGAGCACAUUGAGAUUGUGUUCGCCAAGCCACCUGACCAGAAGCGGAAAGAGAGGAAGGCGCAGCGUCAAGCAGCGAAGACGCAAAUGUAUGAUGAUUACUACUACUAUGGGCCUCCCCAGAUGCCGCCUCCUGUCAGGGGCCGGGGCAGGGGUGCCAGUCGGGGUGGUUACUCCUACCCGCCAGACUAUUAUGGCUAUGAAGAUUACUACGAUUAUUAUGGUUAUGAUUACCAUAACUACAGGGGUGGCUACGACGACCCGUACUUUGGCUACGAUGACUUCCAGGCGCCCGCACGUGGCAGAGGGGGGCGCGGCGGGGCCCGAGGCGGGGCGUCUCCGGUGCGCGGCAGAGGGGCCAGCGCUCCACGGGGCCGGGCGGGCUUCCUGCAGCGCGGCGGCGGGCCAGGGGCCAGCAGGGGCCUACGCGGAGGAGCCAGAGGCGGGGUUCUGCCGAGAGGGCGCGGGCAGGGGAAAGUGGAGGCUGGUCCUGACAUGUCCCAGUGAAGGCUGACUAGCUCAGUGGGGUCACGCCAGGUGCUGCCAGCGGAUGGGAUGGUAAGGUCCGUUCCACGGUCCAGCUCGGUUCCUGCCUUACGGAAGCAGAUCUUCUCCCUGUCUGCCUCCAAGAUUGCCAUCAACGCAAAGUCACGAUUAGACCUGUGUGUGUGGACUCUUCUUUGUGUAUUGUUUUGUUUUUGUAUUUAAUUUUUUAUUUUUAAGUUUAUAUAAGAAAGUCCCAGAACCCUUGUGUCAUGAGAGAAAAUGCCAUUUACCGUUACUUCUGGAGGUCGAAGUAGCCCAAAGGAGUUGUAUCCUUGACGUUACAUGUAUUUUGCACUUUGUAGAUGUUUGAAGUGGCUUGGAGGAGCUUGAUGCUGUUGUAUAUUUUUGUGUAUUUUUAACUGCAGCUUAUCAUGGGGACGAGCAUGUUAAGCUUGUGUUUGAGUCUUGCCUUUUUUCUUUUUUUUCCCCCUCCCAUUGUUACAACCUGGCGUGACUGACCAGGCAUUCCAGGUAAAAUGGUUCUUUUCUGAACCUUUUUUUAGGGUGUUUUUUUGGAAAGGGUUGGUUAACUACCUCAUCCUGGAGGCUGAAACUGCCCUAUCUGUACUGUACAUACGGAGACUUGAUGCAAGCAGGGCUUUUUAUAUUCAACUUAUGCACAAGGGCAACAUCAGAGCCAAUGUACCUAGUGUAUUAUAGUCCUUUUGUAAUGAUGCUGAGCAGUCAGACUGGGCAUGUGAAUGACACUCAUGUGAUGAGUCUAAAGAAGCCUAGCCUCCUUCAGUCUGAGCCGAGCGAGACGCCUGCCUCUGAGGAUGUAGUUACAGCUCGCGAGACGGGUGAUGAGGAUGUUACUUGUUUGAUUAUAAAAGCUUGAACUUGAGGAAGAAGCUACUUUGAGAAGCUUUAGCUGCGUUUCUCAGACCCCCGCCCCAAAUGAAUUGUGUUUUUAAAACUUAUUUUUGUUUGUUUCAAGUACAUGCGGUCCACGUUGAUGGCUGCUUGAUCAAUUUUGAAACCAACACCAUCCCUUUUGUGAGCUACAUGCCGCCUAGGCAAGCAGAGUUCACCGUCGUUUUUAAAGGCAGGUCCAGAGUACCGGUCUGAUCGCCGCUGCUUCUCUCGACGGAGGCAGUUAGGCCGGUCUGGCCGACAGAUCAGCUGGGAUCGAUCUCUGUGCUUGAGCUUUGCUCUGUCUCCAUCCCUGGCGCUGAUUGUGAAUCAGACUGGACUGGUGAGAGCGGCUCUGACUAAGCCAUUACCCGUUCAGUCUGUAAUAAGAGCUGUGCUCAGGGCAGCCAGGACGUUUGAGGUCAUUGAACUGGGCACACCAUAGCUGCCUUUUCAUCACAUUUGAUGUGAUGGAUUAUUAAGAUAUGCAUCAUUUUGGGCAUGUUAUUGGUAACUUUAAUUCUCUUAUGCGCUCGAACAGGGGUUUUAAAGGGAUUCUGUUGAUGUUUCAGUUUCGUUUUUGCCUCUUUAAAGUAUUGACUGGAUUUUGAAUAUGACUGACUCCACAAUUAUUUCUGUAUCACCGUCAGACCAUUUUUGAUAAAAAAAAUGGCAUUUUAAAGUACUGCUGCAUAACCAGUGUUUUUGCAUUCCUGCAAAUAAAUUUUGUAAAAUGAAAA